AUGAUUCGUAAGGGGGGAAACAGUAUGGUCGCAGCUAGGCUACUGCGUAAUAGAUUGCGUCGCGAGAUAAUGCCUCGCUACGAUGAGCGUGAUCGUUAUGGCGGCAACACAAGGCUGUACGUGGGUCGUCUUCCGUCGCGCACCCGCACAAGGGACCUUGAAGACCUCUUCGGCAGAUAUGGGAGAGUGCGACAUGUGGAUAUGAAGCACGAGUUUGCAUUUGUUGAGUUUAGUGAUCCCAGGGAUGCUGAUGAAGCAAGGUACAACCUUGAUGGUCGUGACUUUGAUGGAAGCCGCAUGAUUGUUGAGUUUGCUAAAGGGGUUCCGCGUGGCCAAGGAGGAGGAGGUGACCGUGACCGUGGCCGUGGUGGUGACCGUGAAUAUAUGGGUCGGGGACCUCCUCCUGGUUCUGGCCGUUGCUUUAACUGUGGGAUUGAUGGGCAUUGGGCUCGUGACUGCAAAGCUGGCGACUGGAAAAAUAGGUGCUAUCGUUGUGGAGAUAGUGGCCACAUAGAAAGAGAUUGCCAGAACAGCCCUAAGAACCUCAAGCGUGGAAAGAGUUACUCCAGAUCUCCAUCUCCUCGCCGCGGAAGGGUGCGUGAUAGGAGCUACAGCAGGAGCCGCAGUAGGAGCUACAGCCGCUCUGUUUCCCCAAGGAGGGAUGAAAGGCGAUCAAGGAGUCCCCGUGACAGUCGCAGCCCAAGGAGGAGCCCCCGUGACAGUCGCAGCCCAAGGAGGAGCCCCCGAGACAGUCGCAGCCCUAUGAAGAGCCCCCGUGGCAGUCGCAGCCCUAUGAGGAGCCCCCGUGACAGCCGCAGCCCUAGGAGGAGCGCUUCACCUGUCAAGGGGAGGGCCCGGAGCCCCACCCCUCCUGGCAGCAGGAGCCCUGCACCAAGGGAAAACAGCAGGAGCCCAAUGAAGGCUGACAGCCCUAAUAACAUGAGCCCAGCUGCAAAUGGUCGUAGCCCGAGCCCCAGGGAUGGUGAAGACAAUGGCAACCACCGCGCACCCAGUGGAAGUGCCUCACCUGGUGGAGGUUGA